AUACUUGAGGAGGGGGAUGGGUGAGGAGGGUCAAAAUUGAGCAAAAAAAUCCAGAUGAUUCAACUGCAACCCUCCAAUGAGUUUAUUAAAGACUUAAUGAAAUUUGUUUUCAUUUUAAAAAUUGCAGAAGGGGAACUGUAAUCAACUCUGUAAUCCUCUUAUAAUAAGUAAACAAGUACAAAUGUGCAUCUUUUUAUCAACACUAUGCAGUUUCUGCAUUAUUCCUCUAACUUUCCCUCUUAAGGGUAACAUUUUAGAUUUCACCUUCACUAUAUGAAACUUAUGCAAUUUCCCCUCGUGGCUUUGUUCAGUUUCGCAACAAGAAAAGGUUUCAUAAUUGCCGUUGGUACGAUAAGCGUGCAGUGGAGUAAAUCCAUGUUCAUUUUGAUCUGCUGGAAACUUUUAAUGAAAGACUUAUUCUGCAUAGUAUGCUGUAGUUGCAUAACACUUUAUUUACAAAGCAAAUAAACAUAAAGGGCAAGUAACCAUUGUCCCAUGCUGUUACACAUACAGAGAUGUGAAAUGUGAAAAAAAAAACAAAAAAAAAAAAAACAAACUCCUAUUAGAAAAUACCAAGAAAACCACAUUUAAGCGUGUUAAUAUGUUAAUACACCUCCAGUGUAUGCAUGAAAAUGAUCAUUAAUUACCAACCCGAAACAAAAGCUGACCAUAUAGAGACCAUGUGUUCUAUGUCUUAUGUAAUCUUAAUAGUUACUACAACAUACAUAUGAAUAUUUAUAUCGAUUUAUUUGGAAAUGAUCAAGUUAAAACUUAAAUAAGCAUAUCUGAAAGGUGUGCUUUGAAGUUUUCCAUAUUUUAUCACAUUACGUUACAAACGUUACGGUUUUAUAUUAGGAUUGCAUAGCUGCACAAAACGAGGAAAAUGUUUUUUUACAUUGCUGGAAAAUGAAAAACUGAAAACGAUAAUUAAACUGAUAAAUUACUAUACUUGAGACUGAGUGGAGGUUAACCCUCCACCAGGACAACAACCUGAAACAUAAAGCCAGAACGACAAUGGAACAGUUUGAACGGCCCAGUCAAAGUCCAGAUCAAAAAAUAUAUAGAAAAAAAUCGUAGUUUUAGUUCUAUGAAGUAUUAUUACAGCAGCAAAAGGUGAUUCUACACAGAUUUAACUGGGGAGAGGUUAAAAUCACAUUCACAACACACUUUUCAGAUUUUUAUUUGUUUAAAAAAUAUAUUAAAUCAGACCACCACCAAGAAAAAUGAUAGGUUUUCCUUUCACUUCACAAUAAUAAACUUCUUUGAGUACCAACGGACAAAGUCUUGAGACAUGAAUAACUUGCUGCCCGUAUCUAUUUCUAAAAUAAAGUAACAUAUAUAACAUGACAUUAACAGACAAAAACAUUUUAAAGUAUGGAAAAAUACAGGACUUGGAGAUGUUUUUGAAGUCUUGCAUAUUUUACGUAUAAGCAACCUACUUCCUCUACUUUUUUUUUUUUUUUUUUGCCCUCAUCGGAAACUUUUUGCACGAUCUUUUAUUUUCUUAGCAGGUUAUCAACCAGCACACAAACGCCUCUCGCUUUUCUUCAUUUAUAAUUAUUAUUUACAUUUGCUAAUAUAGUCAGUCAUAUUUUACAUUCUGUUGGUUUUAAACAACAAAAUUCCUGAUUAUCUGUGUACUUGGAGGAGAUGUUGACUUCGGGUUGUAUCCUCGCGCACAUUGCGCUUGACGCAAUGUCCUCGUUCCAGUUUGUUGUCGCGUGCUUGUUAUUUAAUGACACAUUUUUAUCCCAAGAUGGCCAGGCCUGCAUCUCAGCUGCUCCUGACUGUGACGUUGGUGUCUGGGCUGGUGAUCUACACAGUUUCACAAAGAAGAGCAGAAAAGAAGCCUAACUUUAUCAUCGUACUGGCAGAUGAUAUAGGCUGGGGAGAUCUGGAUGUUAACCAACCGGAGAAACACACAAAUAAUACACCAAACCUCAACAAGAUGGCCCAGCAAGGGCUCAGAUUAACAGACUACCACUCCCCUGCUUCGACCUGCUCUCCAUCGCGUGCUGCUAUCCUGACCGGUCGCUAUGGCCUCAGAAAUGGAGUGACUCAUAACUUUGCUGUGAACUCUGUGGCUGGCCUGCCUCUGUCUGAAGUCACUUUGGCCCAGUUGCUGCAGCAGGCUGGUUACUACACCGCCGUUAUUGGGAAAUGGCACCUCGGACACAAUGGACCAUAUAGUCCAAACAACAGAGGAUUCGAUUAUUACUUCGGCAUUCCCUACAGUAAUGACAUGGGCUGUACUGAUACACCAGGAUAUGAUCUACCCCCGUGUCUCCCUUGUGUUUCAUCAGAACCUCAAGUGAUCAGACAGAGGAGGAGUGUUCCCAGUGGCUGUUAUUCCAAGGUGGGACUUCCUCUGGUUGAAAACAACUCCAUUGUGGAGCAGCCGCUGAACCUUUGGGCACUAACAGACAAGUAUAGAUCUGCUGCUCUCAGGAUUAUACACAGUGCAAGGGCCCGAGCAGAGCCGUAUUUCCUCCUGGUGGCGUCGGCUCACAUGCACGUCCCGCUCGCCCCUGUAGUGGCAGACACUUCAGGCGAAGCGGUGUACGCUGCCAGCCUGCAGGAACUGGACGGUCUGGUCGGGGUGUUAAAGGCUGCCGCCGAUGAGACGGAUAAAGGGAAUACUCUAAUCUGGUUCACUGGCGACAACGGCCCGUGGGAAGAAAAGUGCCAGUUUGCAGGGAGCGUUGGGCCUUUCACUGGAAAAUGGCAGACCAGCAAAGGUGGUGGAUCAGCUAAGCGGACUACAUGGGAGGGUGGUCACAGGGUGCCAACUGUGGUGUACUGGCCAGGCAGGAUCCCUGCAAACACCACCAGCUCAGCCCUGCUCAGUGGUAUGGACAUCUUCCCAACAGUUCUGUCUCUGGCAGGCGUAGCGCCCCCUGCAGACAGGCGUUACGAUGGAAUCGAUGCCAGCGGCGUUCUGCUGCGAGGUGAACAGUCUGGUCACGAGUUCCUCUUCCACCCCAACAGUGGCGCUGCAGGAAAGUUCGGGGACUUGCAAACAGUUCGAGCUGGAAAACACAAAGCUUUCUACAUCACAGGUGGAGCAGCAGCUUGCAGCGGCGGCACCGGCCAGGAGCAGCUCCACAAUCCACCUCUGAUAUUUGACUUGGAUCGUGAAGAAGCCGAGGAAACACCCCUGCAGUUCGCCACAGCCGAGUACAGGGUGAUUGCAGAGAGGGUAGCACGCAAAAGAGAGGAACUCCUGUGGGACAUUGCCACUGACGGAUCAGUGUCCACAGCGGACUACAGCCAAGACGAAUUAGCGGCGCCAUGCUGCGAUCGGAGAGAGGCCGUGUGUCGAUGCCACACCGUGUGCUGAGGCCCAGAGGAAACAUUAAUAACAGGCCAUGAGGUAGGCAAACAGAAGCACAGACACAUGUCUCAUUCGCAACAGUUAGUGUGCAGAAAGAGUUGAUUAAAAGGUUCAAUGUCCAGAUGCAGCAGAUGUGCAAAUAAGAAAUACCAGCAGCUGAAAUCUGAUUGUUUAUCUAAAGGGCUUCUGGUCCAGUUCUGUUUUAGAUCAAUACUUAAAAAAAUCCAUAAUACAUCUGGAGCCAUCAGGCAGCGUGUCAUUUAAGUGUCAUUUUGUUGAUCUGUGAACAAAGUUCUUGUUAAUCAGCAGCAUGUUUCAUCUGUAGAGGUGAUUGGUCAUCCAGGCUUCAGUCCCAACCCUGAGGCCUUUGUGGCAUGUUAUCUUCUGAACCCUGAGACUGACCAGUUCAGGGAUCUGCAGCCAGGCCACUCUUAACUUGUAUCAAAAAUACUAAAUAUGUAGUGUUUUAAAAUGCUAGCUGUUUUCAUGCAAUACAGCUCUGGUAAAAAUGAAGAUCCACUGCACUGAACCCCAUUGGAAACCUCCUGGUGGUUAUUUCACCACAUAUUGAUUUCUGAACUCUUCCUGAGUUAAAACAUUAUUAUUGUUGUUUCUAAAUGA